AUGUGUGCCGCCACUUCUCAAUCCUUGCGCUCUCGAGAUUUCCUCGCAAGCUUUUACUCCAGAAGACUCCUACUGCACACCCCUUUCCACCGAUCUCCGGCGACCGCAGCUGCUCCUGCAGCCGCAAACCACCCCGACCAGCUGUUGGACACCUAUGGCAGCAGCAACAGCUUUGAUUCAAAUGUUGUCAUGGUCCUCUCUGUGCUCCUGUGUGCCUUGAUUUGCUCCCUGGGCUUGAACUCCAUCAUAAGGUGCGCACUGAGGUGUUCGAGCCUGGGGGCGUCCCGGGGAGGCGGCAGCCCAUCAGCUCGGUUGGCGAACACCGGAGUGAAGAAAAAGGCUCUGAGUACCUUCCCCACGGUGAGCUACACUGCCGACCUCAAUCUCCCGAGGGUGGAGGCGGAGUGCGUGAUAUGCCUAUCAGAGUUUGCGGUGGGGGAGCGGCUGCGGCUGCUGCCCAAGUGCAACCAUGGAUUUCAUGCACGCUGCAUUGAUACAUGGCUCAAUGCCCACUCCUCCUGCCCUACUUGCAGGCACUGCUUGGUUGAGACUUGCCAGAAGAUAGUGGGCCAUGGUACCUCCUCAACAUCACAACCACCACCACAAGGCAUUAUAGCCAUUGCCCCACUCGAACGUGAAGGUUUGAUACAUAAUCACAGGGAAGUCAACUGAGUAUCAUUAUUUUUUAAAAAUAUUUUCUUUUCGGAAUAAAAAGAAUUGCUAGGAUAAAGUAUAAUGCAUGCCCUGAAAGCUCUACUAGUAGAAAGGCUCCACAUGAGCUUACAGGUUAUUGUCCUAGCAAUCACUUGCCACAAGAAAGGCAGUGAUUUUUUUUUCCCAACUAGGUUCCAAUAGUUUGUAUUGUUGCAAAGGAUAAAUUGUACAUAAAUUUUGAAAUCGUACUAUCAAAAUUCUCACCAA